CUUCUCCAUUCAGCUGAAAGUCGCCAGAGUAGACCAUAAUAACUAUACGAACUGAACUAACCUAUUUCUGUUUUCGAUUUUCUCGCUCUUCUCUCUCUCUCUCUCUCUCUCUCUCUCUCUCACUAAACACUCCAAGUUCUCUCUCAGGUUAGAGUAGCACCGUAGCCUCCCUUUUGCAUUCCCGCUUUCUGUUUUCCCUUCGCUCUCUCGCUCUAUCUCUUCUUCAAAUUUUCAACUCGACAAAACCAAUUCUGGUUUUCUCUGUGUACAGUUCGUUACCGACAAUUUUUUUUUUCUGGAAUUUGCUGCUAGAGAUUGCUUUUUGGGGGUUUCGCAAGUUCACAAUUAGAGGUGAUAGUGGUGACUUUGUGGUUUUGGGGUGGUUGCAGAUUUGGUAAUCAAGGUAAUUAUUGGAAGAGAGUGCAAAUGCAGAGGCCGACGAGCGACGCAAUUAGUAUGGGGAAAAGGACUCUGGAGGGUGGUGAAGAUGAGCAGCCUGAACGAAAGAGGCCUGCUCUUGCUAGUGUAAUUGUGGAAGCUCUCAAGGUGGACAGUUUGCAGAAGCUUUGCUCAUCUUUAGAACCUAUUCUUCGUAGAGUUGUGAGUGAAGAAGUGGAGCGUGCUUUGGCAAAGUUAGGUCCUGCAAGACUUAGCGGAAGGUCUUCUCCUAAAAUGAUCGAAGGUCCUGAUGGCAGAAACUUACAGCUACAGUUUAAGUCCCGGCUGUCUCUUCCCCUAUUCACAGGAGGAAAAGUGGAAGGCGAGCAGGGGGCUCCUAUUCAUGUUGUUCUGAUCGAUGCCAAUAAUGGAAAAGUUGUAACAUCUGGACCUGAAUCCUGUGUGAAGCUUGAUGUUGUUGUCCUUGAAGGCGAUUUUAACAAUGAAGAUGAUGAAGAUUGGACUCAAGAAGAUUUUGAAAGCCAUGUGGUGAAAGAACGUGAAGGAAAGAGACCUUUGUUGACUGGGGAACUGCAAGUGACACUCAAGGAAGGAGUUGGAACAUUGGGGGAACUGACAUUUACAGAUAAUUCAAGCUGGAUAAGGAGCCGUAAAUUCAGGCUUGGCCUGAAGGUUGCAUCAGGUUUUUGCGAGUCCAUACGCAUUCGUGAAGCUAAGACAGUGGCUUUCACAGUUAAAGAUCAUAGAGGAGAAUUAUAUAAGAAGCAUUAUCCUCCUGCGUUGAGUGAUGAGGUGUGGAGAUUGGAGAAGAUAGGCAAGGAUGGGUCAUUUCACAAGAAGUUGAAUAAUGCAGGAAUAAUCACAGUUGAAGACUUUCUUCGGCUUGUGGUUAAAGAUCAACAGAGUUUGCGGAAUAUUCUUGGGAGUGGUAUGUCAAACAAGAUGUGGGAGGCUCUCUUAGAGCAUGCAAAGACCUGUGUUCUAAGUGGGAAGCUCUAUGUUUAUUAUCCAGAAGAUACAAGAAAUGUUGGUGUUAUCUUUAACCACAUUUAUGAGCUGCGUGGCCUUAUAACUGGAGAACAAUACUUUUCUGCUGAUUCUCUCACUGAUAGCCAGAAGGUUUAUGUAGAUUCAUUGGUGAAGAAGGCGUAUGACAAUUGGGAUCAGGUUGUAGAGUAUGAUGGCAAAUCACUUGUGAAUGCUAAGCAGAAUAAUGGAUCUGUUGAAUCAGAAAAUGAACUUCAUUUAGAGUCAAUUGAUUAUGGUAGUGCUUUAGAUCAUCAACUGCAACUGCCGGUCCUCCCAAUGUCUGUUCCUUCUGAGCAGCAAAUGCAUUCAGGGAUGCCAGUUGGAGGUUAUAACGAUAGUAUGACAACAAGAUAUCCAACCCAGUCAGUGAUUGCAAACUCCAACUCCCGGAGCCAUUUCGACAGCUCAUUAUAUCUGUCUAAUGACCAGCUAAUCAGCAGUGCUCACCAAACCCAUAGCACUAGAAAUGAUCAUGGCACGGUUGGGUUAGCUCUUGGUCCUCCUCAAUCAUCGACGUCAGGGUUCCAUGCUGGCAGCGCUUCUAUUCAGCCAUCUACCCAAAAUCCUUUUGAUGAUUGGUCACACAAUAGGGAUAGGGGGGUUGAUGAAUUGUUUUCAGAAGAAGAAAUCCGCAUCAAAAGUCACGAGAUGCUAGAGAAUGAAGAUAUGCAGCACUUGCUUCGCCUCUUCAGCAUGGGAGGUCAUGCCUCCAUGAAUGCUGAGGAUGGCUAUUCGUUCCCAUCAUUCAUGCCAUCACCGAUGCCAAACUACGAUGAGGAUCGCUCUCGUCCAGGAAGAGCUGUUGUGGGAUGGCUGAAGAUCAAGGCAGCAAUGAGGUGGGGUUUCUUUAUCAGGAAGAUAGUAGCUGAGAAGCGGGCACAGCUAGAGGAGUUAGAUGAAUAGGUUGUUUGGACAAUGGUUGCAGGCUUAAUAGAUAUGCAAAUCUAGUUGCCUUCAUCAGUGCCAACCGAAUUGUGCAGUCCAUGGUAAUGACAUUCUUGAUUUAUGCAUCUGUGUAUUUGACUUGACAGCUCAUUUGUCUAGUAUUCUGUACAGUAUGUUGAAGCUUAGGAAAAACCGUGAUUGUCAUUUGUUUUUCACUUUCAUGUUAAUGCUUCUCUCUUGUAACCUUUCCAUUGGCUCUGGGCUUGUAGUUAUGAUGUGAUAACAGAACACCUGUCAUAUUUGAGAUGAUAACUUAGAUUUGUCGUCUCACUUGAUUAAUGUAUAUUAAUUAUGAUCUACGUAA